CAAAUCCCUCAACAUUUUCACCACAAAAAAAAAAGAUGACAAGAUAGCAGUAGAAAGAUCAGAAAUUCAGAAUCAAAUGGAGAAAACAAUCCAAGAACAGCUUCGAGCACCUGAAGUGUAGUAGAACGAACCCAUAUGUUUCUGGUAGAAUCUUCUCCCCCCUCCAUGGCCAUGGCCUCGCUCCAGCCUACGCUCCUCGCUCCUCCCCCGCUCUGCUGCUGCUCGUACGCUCUCCUUCUCCCGAGGGCCAGGAAGGCGUCUCCAAGAUUCUCGAAUGGAGGAGCCUUCUCCGCGGCGAAGUCGUUGGCCCGGGGUGAGUUCUUGGGGAAAGGCGGGACCUUGGCUUGGCGAAUGGAGGGACGGCGGCGCCUUGGCGUGGCUGGCGCCGGCAGAGGCCCCUUGUUUGGCGGCGGCGGCGGAGGAAGGCGGGGCACGACCGGCCGGGUUGUGGGGAACCUUGCCUUCGCCGCCCUGUUGACGUACCUCGCCACGACGGGACAGCUCCGGUGGGUUCUUGACGCCAUCGUCUCCCUCUGGCUCCUCACAAUACUUCUGCCAAUUUUGGGUCUGGCUGCAUUUUUCUUCUUUGCAGGCCAAGAUAUAUUUCAGAGCAAUUGUCCCAACUGUGGAAAAAGCUUCCAGAUACUGAAGUCAUCUUUGAAGGAUGGUCCACAGCUAUGUCCAUAUUGCACUCAACCUUUCUCUGUGCAGGGAAACAAAUUUGUUAGAGAGAGUGCUAGAUUUUCAUCUGGAAGGACCAGUACAAGUGCACAAGCCUUCAGUGAGUUUUUCAAACGUGGUUCAGAAGGAAAGACACCUUCUGGAACUGUUGUAGACAUCGAGGCUGAAGUGAAGGAUGCUGAGUGAAACUUCUGAAGAAUGUGCUGAGAAACCCUGCCUCAUUGGCUUCAGUUUUGCUGCUCUCCAUGGCUAGUUUUUCAGUAGGCUGCUAUUUAAGCUGGUUGCAGUGUCAUUGUUACCGGCCUAAUCACCAUCCAUUCACUAGAUUGCACAAAUGCUGGCAAUGCAUCUUCAAGCACUAGAUCCUGAGUUCCGGUACAAACGGACACUUGGUGUGGACAUGUGGUAGGUCGGCAUGUAGCAUCAUCUCGUUGCAUCUUGUAAUUACUGUCUCUACUUGGGUUUGCACACGUCUUGGUCUGUGUGUGUACAAGUGACAAACGUGAAACCAAACAUGUAAAGAUAGCUGUGGAUAGUUACAUUGUUUUUUC